AUGCGUCUCAUCCGAGCCAACAGCCACCUCCUGAAUCCACAGGAAUUGGCUGGGGCCAGGCCUACCACCCUGUCUACAGUGGAUCGGCUCGCAGCCGCCGUGGCAAUGAGGCCACUCACCUGCGCGGGCCACAUGCACACGCAGCCUGUGGUGGAUUUGGCCUUCAGUGGCGUCACGCCUUACGGCUUUUGCCUAAUCGGUGCUUGCAAAGAUGAUAAACCUAUGCUACGCCAGGGAGACACAGGAGACUGGACUGGAACAUUUCUGGGUCAUGAGGGUGCUGUUUGGGAUGUCACAUUAAAUAAGGACGCCACCACAGCAGCUACAGCAGCUGCAGAUUUCACAGCCAAAGCGUGGGAUGCUGUCUCAGGAGAUGAAUGGAUGACCCUGGCUCAUAAACACAUUGUCAAGCUGGAUUUUACGCAGGAUACUAAUUACUUGUUAACCGGGGGACAGGAUAAACUGUUAUGCAUAUAUGACUUGAACAAACCUGAGGCAGAACCUAAGGAAAUCAGGGGUCAUACCUCUGGUAUUAAAAAGGCUCUAUGGUGCAGCGAGGAUAAACAGAUCCUUUCAGCUGAUGACAAAACUGUUCGCCUUUGGGAUCAUGCUACUAUGACAGAAGUGAAAUCUCUAAAUUUUAAUAUGUCUGUUUGCAGUAUGGAAUACAUUCCUGAGGGAGAGAUCUUGGUAAUAACUUAUGGGCGAUCUACUGCUUUUCACAGUGCAGUAAGUUUGGACCCAAUUAAAUCUUUUGAAGCUCCUGCAACCAUCAAUUCUGCAUCUCUUCAUCCCGAGAAAGAAUUUCUUGUUGCAGGGGGUGAAGAUUUUAAACUUUGUAAGCAUGAUUAUAACAGUGGAGAAGAAUUAGAAUCCUACAAAGGACACUUGGGUCCCAUUCACUGUGUGAGGUUUAGUCCUGAUGGACAACUCGAUGCUAGUGGUUCUGAAGACGGAACACUGAGACUAUGGCAGACUGUGGUAGGAAAAACAUACGGCCUUUGGAAAUACGUGCUUCCUGAAGAAGACAGUGGUGAGCUGGCAGAGCCGAGGAUCAGUUUUCCAGAGACAGCGGAAGAGGAGCUAAAAGAAAUUGCUUCAGAGAAUUCUGAUGCCAUCUAUAGUGCAACUCCUGAAGUUAAGGCCUGAGCAUCAGGCAGAUGUACACAACUUAUGGACUAAAACAAACGGAGAAAAGCAUCAGCCUCCAGAGUUACUCUCUGCUUAAGGUAAACAUGAGCAGUAGACAAUGAGGAAUAUGAAUUAGCUCCAGUGCUGGAACUAACC